CGCGACGGCGAUGUGUGUAAUGUAUAGUUAUCAGCCGGGUCAUUUGUUUUUGUUUACCUGCAGAUAGUUACCCGUAGAUACAAUGUCGCCUUCACCGAUUCGGUACCGCGGGCCCUGGAAAAACCACAAGCGUUCGUCUGAGCCGGACCGCUGGCUAGACGAGAUGGGGUUUUUCAGGAAGCACACGGCUAGGGACUCGAGUUGCCUGUUCAGGGCCGUGUCUGAGAACAUCUUCAACACACAGCGAUACUUCCACAAAGUUCGGCUGGAUUGUGUACAGUUCAUGGCUUCACAGAGGCACCUGUUUGAAGGGUCAUUGACUUGCCCUUUCGAAAAUUAUCUCAAAGAGAUGUCCAAUCCUUCUGAGUGGGGUGGGCUCAUUGAAAUAUCUGCCAUGAGCCAUUUGUAUGGACGUGAUUUUGUGAUAUUUGAAGCCAACAAAGGCCCACAAACAAAGAUUUGCAAUGGUUAUGGAGACACCAUAUUUCUGUUCUAUUCACCCGACACCAAGCACUUUGAUGCGGUGUACACAAAAGAAUUCAUUAAUACAUCAUCAUUUUGCCAAUCACUAGUAUAUGAAAUCCUUUAUGACGGAGUGUACCAACUGAAAGACCUGUCCUAUGCGGUGGAUAAGAUGCUCCAUGACAAGAUGGGCACCAAUCACAUUGAGUACUUCAUGUCUGAGAAUGUGGAACGCCGCAAAAAGAAAGAGAGGGCCAAAAUCUUCAUAGAAUCUUCCAAUGAAGAUGAUAAAGACAGGAACAACAAUGCAGUGGCACUGAAGUGUAUGCACCACACUGACAAUCUGGAAAGAUCCAGCCUGCUGAAGGAGUCUUUGAGCAUCUUUGUGUUCAACCGGAGCCUUAUUCAGCUCGAAAACGUCUGCAUGAACUGCCUCAAUGUCAACAGCGCUAAGGACCUCCUUGACAACGGUAUAACACCAUUCCCGUACAAGGUGGCUAAAGCAUUGGAUCCGGACAUAUACCGAAACAUUGAAUUUGAUGUUUGGAGCGAGCUCAGAAGAGAGUUGCGUUAUGGAACUAGAUAUUCUGAUGGGACAACCCUGCAAGUAGGGGUGUAUUGCCGGUGUAGGAUGCAACCGGAUCAGAAGGUUGCGUACCACUGCUACAUUCAGGAGAUGCGUCCGGACGGAGGGCCGUGCCUGGUGUUCAUCCAGGAGCUGGGCGAGAAGCGCGUGGUGAACUACGAGCAGCUGGAGCCCCUGUCGGAGUCCGAGGCGCGCCCGUGGGCGCCGCCCUACCGCUACUCGCGCGCUCAUCACCUGCCUACUUUAAGCCAAAUGUUGCAACAGAUAGGCAACAUCACACGCAAGCAAAGUCUCACCAAGACUCGCAAGAAGCCGGACGAACCUAAAGGCCCGGAGAAGGCCAAGAGCCCCCCGAAACUGGAGUGGAAAGACGUCCCGGAGGACCAAUACCAGACAGAUAUCAAUUUGUCUACGUACCAGCACUUGGAUUUUGCGAACUUUCAACCACUGUCUGUUGAAGUAGAAGCGCUGCCCCUGAUGGUGGACUGCCGGCCCGGCGCCGCCGCGCCGCACGAGCUCGCCCACUCCAACGGCGACAACCAUGCCCCCGUCAACCAGGCCGUGGGAGACGUGGGCGCGCACGGGCUCGCGCACGCCGCGUCGCCGCCCGGCCCGCGCACGCCCGCGCCCGCGCCCGCGCCCGCUCCGCCCAUGACCAGCUACUCGGUUCCAGUGGUCGGGGGUGGGGGUGUACCCGUGAACGCGGGCGCGGCGUACGGCUACGGCGGCUGCGUCAAGUCGCUGGUGUGGUGCGCCAGCCCGCCGCCGCCGCCGCCCCCGCCGCCGCCUGUCAACCCGCACGUGGUCAAGAGCGUGCAGCCCAACGGAGCGGAUCUGCCUAUGAACGAUAUCCCGACGCUGCGCUACUACUUCAACCUGGGCGUGGAGUGCAUGUGGGCCGCCUACGGCGCGCCGCCGCCGCCGAGGCACUACUCGCCCCGCGACCUCGCCAUGGACAUGCAGCAGAUAUCCCUGCAAGACCGAGCACCAAGUCAAGGCAACAACCAACAUGAGCACAACAAGCAUAAGCCUGACAACAACAAGCCUCCCAUGCAGGGCAAGGGGAAUGGCCAGCGACCGCUGCUGGGACCGAGGUUCAAACGCGGGAACCAAGAUGGAUCCAUGAACAACCACCAGAACAAGCCGCACAACAACAACGUGCCCAACAAGGGACCUAACAACCGCCGCAACUCGGUGCCGGAGCCGCGCGCGGGCUACGAGGAGGCGGGCGGGGAGCCGGCGCUGAUGCCGCUGCCGUACAUGCCGUACCCGCCGCCCAUGUACCCGCUGCCCUACUACCCUGUUGAGGACCCAGCGAUGCUGGGCAUGAUGGGCGGCAUGGGCUACGUGAGCUACGAGGAGUCGCUCCCGCACUACUACCCCGCGCCGCACUACCCGCCGCCGCUGCUGCACCCGGCGCCCCCCGGCACGCACGAGCACCACAAGUAACCGUCCGACACGUCUACUGUUGGAGCCGGACCUCAGUCCCGCCCGAAUGCCGAGCGGUCGAUUGGUCCGUUAGGGUCGGUGCACCCAAUAAAAUAACAACUUCCAAAACGCCUUUGCCGCGUGACGUCGAUAUGUCCGUUAACUUUGAUCGAUGCCGCGACCUAAAGGUACUAAAAUGCGUUUACACAUUAUCCGAUCCUUUAUCGAAUGUAAAAAUGAGGGCCGGUCGCAUCGAACCAUCUGUCACCGUUAAAGCGUUCGUUAAAUUUUAUUGUGUGGAAACUGGAAAGUUCCAUAGACGUCUGCCGAGUGACGAUGAUGUGUCUGUCAAAUGUGGUCGAUGAGACUGGCCCUUAAUGUGCAAGAUAUCGGUUCCGCGUCCGAUAUUGAAUUAGAUAAUGUAAAAACGCACUCGGCUUAAGUUUCGAACUACUGAAGACGUGAACUUAACGGCGACAACCUAAUUUUAACCGACGUGCAUUCCGACGAAAUUCACGGUAAUAAGUAUUGACGCACUGAGCGAUUCAUGAAAGAUAGCACUAAUAAAUAAAAUGUAUGUCUCAACCGAUACAACGGUCGCUCUGACUGUAUACUAUCAACAUACAAUAAAAGUUUCGUCCGAUCCAUUUGUGCCAACUUCCAUGAAUUGACCAAUCGACCAUAAAUUUUACCAAGGCUCACUUAGACUGCAAUGGUUUCAACAAAAUUAUUCUCCUGACACCUGUAGCAUACGUCAUAUCAUAUAUAACUUUGAAUAACGACACUUCAACACUGACUAUGGACUAAAGUUUUAACUUUGCGUAAUCUUCUACUCAAAUUUAAGAACUGUGUUUCACCAAACUUAUUCAAAAUUCCUACUAAUAGGUAUAAAUUGUCAUGUCAGGAGGGCAUAAUGUCCCACAUAAAGUAUACUCCUAAAGACUAUUGAAUGAUCUUCUUUAAAAAUAACUCUGUUCGUUCUCAUAAUAGUUAUAAAAUGUAACUUGAUUACACUAAAAUCUUUUACAAUCGCAUACACAAUGACUUUGUAAACGUGUUGAGAACAGAUAUUAUUUCAUGAAUCUCAAUUUAUACUCUGUAAUAUCUAAUAACUUUAUUGACAAUAAUUUUAGAAGCCCUCUCGAAUAUUCCGACCACAUGUCAUCCUGUAUAAAUCAUAGCAUAGUCGACUCAAAUGUUCAUAGUCUAGCAGUAGCUUUUAUAAGUGUCGUGAUAUCGUGAUGUAUACAAACCCCUCGUUCGAAUUAUGUCAAUUUUCUGCACAUUAUAGGGUUAAGUUACGAGUAUAUGUCACUACGAGAAGGAAUGCUGUAUAGCAGGCAUAGGGCAGGUUAUCCCUUAAUUAUAUUUGGUAAGGCAGCUUAAACGAAGGUUAAGGAGGUUCACUUAUUUGCGUUUUACUAAUUUUAAACAGGCUAAUUCUAGUUCCCUAGUUAUACACCAAAUUUUGAUGAAUAUAUUUGAUAUAUAUGAAUAGAUUGAUAUGAAAAUCCUACAUUUAAAUAAAGUUAUGAUUGCCAGGUGUUAAAUUCUGAAUAUUUUCGGGAAAUCUCUUGCUAUAAUUUAGACCUGGUAUUGUGUAGUCAAUAUAAAACUAUCUGUUCUGAACCAUACGACUAACAAGGUAAUAUAUUCUAAACUUUGAAAAUCUAACGCAAAUAAGUGACCUAAGUGCAAUGUUAUGUUGACAACGAAAAUGCUCAUCGAAUUGGUAUAUGGUUAUUUGUAACUGAGCCGUCUUGACGGACGGUCUAAACGAGGUCCUACGAAAAACGAAGUAUAAUUCCUCUUUAUUUGACACGCGUGGAAAUGGAAAAAUAAACGCAUUUUCGGAAAUAGCCGGUUUAUUUCCAAAAAAAACCAGAUUGCAUCUUCUAAAUGAUAAAGCAAAUUUUGUAUCGUUUUUCGAGGUGCCAAAAGCGAGCAAGUUUUUGAACCACGUCUAAUCGCAAAUUACAAAAAUAUAAUUGCUAAAUAUCAUCACAUUUUAUUGUCCAAAAAUAAAGUUAUAAAUAUAGCAACAGGUUAAAAGGAAAUAGACAAUUAAGAUUAAAUAGUUACUUAAAAAUUUCAAGUUAAAAAA